UUGUUCCUUGAGAUAAAGGACAAAAAAAAAAAAAAAAAAAAAAUGGAGGAAGACAGACAACGAGCUCCGGGCGAAGAAGGGAAGUUAAUCCCACGCGCGGCAAUGGCGGAAUCUCCGAACGGAGAAUCAAUCGGCCCCGGAAUCAGUUCGAAAGCCGAUGACUCAAAUCAACUGAAGCAAAACGAUCGCUCUCAUCAAUCAUCAUCGUCAUCGUCAACAAAGAACACGAAUUCUACAGAAGCAGCCAACAAGGCAAAAUCCUGCAAAGGAUGCCUUUAUUAUUCGUCUCGUUUCAAGGCCGAUUCUCGAAACCCUCUCUGCGUUGGCCUCACUCGCUCCCUUCCCAGUGUGCCUCGAUACAUUGUUGGAGAAUCGGAGAUGGAAGCAUCUAAAGAGGGUAGGAGCCUAAGAGAAUUUAGAUACGCUUGUGUCGGUUAUUCUCUAUACACAGAUCGAAAAAACCAGGCCUCGGAUGGGCAACCGACUCAAACAGAAUUGCCAGUCUGCAUAGGUCUCGAGGUUUUAGUGGACCGGAGAGCAAAUGCUGCUGAUUCAGCAUCUGUUCCUACUCAUAUUCACAAUAAAGAAGAUGGCAAUGCAUUGCCUCAACGUCGUCCACCUAAACCAACUAAUGCAAACGGGGAAGAGUUUAUGUCCAGGUUUACUCGGAAUGCAAACCUGGUGGCGAAUGGGGUAGCGAAGAACAUCCGUAGAGUAGGGAAUCAAAUAAAGCAAAGUCUUGACGAUGUAAUGUAUCCUUACAGAAAACGGCCAAAGUAAAAGAGGGGCGAUCUUGGAAUAAAAAUAAAAUGUGGUGGAGCCUUUGAGAAAUUAUGUAUAUCUACCGUGUCUCCAUUUACACACCCCUGUUUCCUAUUUUGCCCUUGUUAAGAAAUGAUUGAACUCAUAAUGUGGGCAAUGGAGGCAAUAUUUUUUUUGUGCUCUUUUCGACUUUGUGCUAAUAUAACUAUUUAUUUAGCUGUUUUAA